AUGGAUACAAAUUAUGUGGAAUCUGGUGAUAGUUGGUAUAAACAAAAACUAAAUGGACCCGAUGGACAUUUUUGGAUGGAAGCACGUUAUUUAUUUUUAUUUAAUAGGAGUUAUUCGUCAGCAAUAAAUUUAUUUAAGAUUAAUCAUGAUAGAUUGCGAGAUUUACGUAGGCCUCCAGGCGCAAUUCGAGACUUUAAAAAUUGUGGUUGGGCUAUGGCACAUGGUGCUGAAGAACCAUCGUGGUCAAAUGACGUAAAACAAGCUGUUCGUUAUUUACUUCAUAAUAUUGUUACAAGAUGGAGACCAGAUUAUUUAAGACAAAAACGAGUGAACAUUAAUACCCUUCAUAAAAGUUUAACAUCAAAAGAAAGAAAAGAAAUUCCUACAACGUUCGACGAUUCAAACAAUGAUGAUGAUGAUGAUGACGAUGAUGAUUUAAAUUUUGAUGUUAAAAUUGCUUCAGAAUAUUAUCGUGACUGUUUCAUACCAUUGCAUUAUCAUGAAUUAUGGUGUGAAUUAGUAAAAGAUUAUAUUAAUGUUGAUACUGAUAAAGCAGCGAGAGAAACAAUAAUUACUGAAGAAUAUAUUGAAGACGAAGACGAAAUUUUAGACGAAUAUAAAGCCUCACUCAUUGUUGGUACAAAUCAGACACUGUUUCGUGAUACAUAUAAUCCUUUAUUACGAAAAAUCGGCUUAUUUGACUGUGUUUUAAUUAACAUCAACAAUAUAGACUAUUUUGGUAUCAUUGUUCAUGUAGAAGAAACUAAAGUUAAACGAGAUGAUGACAAUUUACGUAGAAAUUCUAAUAAUCAUUUAAUGAUGAAUAAUAAUAUUAAAAAGAAUCUCUUAUGUGUUGAUAUACAUACAAUUGUUAUUGUGUAUGUUUCAGAAAAAUGUGCAGAAGCAUUUAAAACAUAUCAUAGUGUGAAUAAACAGCUAAAGAUGUUUAAAUUAAGUAAUAUAACAUCAUCGAGAAGAAUGAUAUCAGCUAUAUACAAUGUAGAAAGUUGGCCACAGUACAAAAGUUUACUCAAACCAACAUUGAAUGAUCCAUAUUUUCAUUUACCUGAGCAAAGUGAUGAUGAUGAUGGUGACGUUAACAAUGAUAACUUAUUACAAAAUUUUAACGCUGAUCAGACACAAACAAUCAAAAUUGCAAAUGAUAUGUUUGAAGAUUUGUUUGAUAGAAUACAUUUAGUUCAUGGUCCACCAGGUAAAUGCUCUACUCUGAAAACAGAGUGAUUAUUUAAGAGAAAGAUUCUAACGUUUCUCAAGAACUAUUUUAUGAAUGCGUUAGAGAAAAUAGAAUUGUCCUGUUUUCCUUCAUUUUAUUGUGCCUACCCACUGAAAAAAAAUUUACAAAUUCCUGCGUUGACACGCAGGAAUCUGAAAAAAUCCUGUGAAUGUUGGAUAUAUACUGCAAGUUUUUACAUCACGUUACCUCGCCGAAAAUUUUCCUGCAAGU